GCUCUGCCAUGUGCUCUCCAGUUGGUCGUGCGCCUGUUCUGUCGAAAAUCUGCAGCGCCGUGCGCUUGAUCUGAAGCUUGUCUGUGUAGCGUGGGCUGUGCGUGUGGCUGGCCAUUGUUUUUUUAUCUCUAUCUUUUAUCUCUUCCCGCCUUGCCUCUUAUCAAUCUGCAACACCAGACUUUCCCAGACAGAGCCGAGCCGGCCACUGGGAUACGGCCCAACGAGAAUAGAGACAUUUCUCAUCGCUGCCAUCGGCCAAGGCACUCUCUUUUCUGUUGUUUAUUCUCAAAAGCCGAUUCAUCCACCCUCUCCCGCAAAGCAUGGCGACUCCCACCGUUUCUCGUCCCUCCAGUCCUGCGACCUCCCAACUGCCGCCCAUGCCAGAAUCUCCCGUCUACUCUCUCGCCUCUACCGCCCUCCCGCUCUCCCAGUACAACCUGCCUCUGCCGCCUCCGCCCCGCCCGCUGCACUCUGUCAUAACAAAGGCAGAUCUCGAGCGGUCGCAGGAGGCCUAUGCCGGUCUCCUGACGUCGGCCAAGGCGUACCGGGUUGCUCUCGCGGCUCUCUCGACGGCCGCCUCCACCUUUGGCUCUGCGCUGGAAGCAUGUGCGAGACUCAAGGAGGCUCGCUCCGAGCCCAUUGGCCCUGCCGGGACUGCCAAUAUGACGGCCAGCUUCACGACAAAGGGCCAAUGUACCGCCGAUACCCUCAUGUCUGCGUCGGGCGUGCACCACCUGAUUGCCAACCACCAGCAGAUCCUCUCCGAGACCGUCUACCGCUCCUUCGAAGUGCCGCUGCUACACGAGCUCGAUAAGUGGCAAACCGUCAUUGGUGACGAGGAGGAGACGUAUCAGCACAACAUCAAGGCCCAGAGCAGAGAGGUUAAGCGCCUGGAGAAGGAGGGCCUGAAGCUGCAUAAGCAGAGACGCAGGGAUGUGGCGCGGUUCAGAGCCCAUCUUGUGGAGUUGACCUACAAGCUCGAUGGGCUGACAAGCCUGCAUUCGGACCAUGCGAGGACCUUGUUGCGAGAGAGCCAAGAGACGAGCGGCCGGAUAGUCGAUGCGAGCUGUAGCCUUGUGCGAGCCGAGGUGGACAUAUUCGAGAGCUUGGCCAGGAAGGGCUGGAGUGGCGGCGGCUUGGACGACGUCUUGGAAAAGGGCCAGGACCUGUUCGCCAUUGAGGACGACCCCUUCCACGGUGCCGGCACGAGUGGCGGCGAAGGGGUUAAGCUCUUCUCUAUCCUGCCGCCAAAGAGCAUCUUGGCCGACACGGCGUCCGAGCCGAGAAGCGAGAGCUUGCUGACCGACGGGGAACGAUACCAGUCGCUUGCUGCCACGGCCGCAGAUGCUAAACCGCAGAGUGCUGACUCCGAGAGCGUCUUCUCGGUUGACUUUAACAAGCCGCGGAACGCUCGCCCCUUUUCGCCACAGCCGAUUCGGCGGGCGCCUACAGAUGUGACGUUUGACUUGUUGGAUAAUCUUGUAAGCUCUCCGUCUCUUAGU